CAGGCAGCUUCGUCGAGCAGACCGUUGUGGACCGGCCAUGGCACGCGUGUCGGCGGGAUGGGCAGUGCUGCUGUUGGCGCUGGUGGCGGUUGGCGUCGCCUCAGCGGCGGCCGCCGGCGGCAAGUACACGACGCGCUACGACAACAUCAACCUGGACGACAUCCUGCACAGCACGCGCCUGCUCAACAGCUACAUCAACUGCCUGAUGGAGCGCGGGCCCUGCACGGCCGAUGGCAGGGAGCUCAAGGACAACCUGCCGGAUGCCCUGCAGACGGACUGUUCCAAGUGCAGCGAGAAACAGAAGGACGGCGCAGAAAAAGUCGUCAACUUCCUCAUCGAGAACCGGCCGGAUCAGUGGAAGGAGCUGGAGGCGAAAUACGACCCCACGGGUAUCUACAAGCGCAAGUACGAGGCGCGUUUCAAAAAGCAGUGA